GCUGCUGGCCCGGGAGUUCUCUGGGCGUCUGAGCCCACGUUGAGAACCGAGCUGCGGCGCAGGGCCCAAGCUGGCGUUCGAAGUCCAUAUCCCUACCCGACGACUCGCGCGGGCCCCGAGGGUCAUCCUCCUUUGACUCUCGUGGCUCUAAAGGGACCCCUAUCUUGGCAGGGUUCGAGGUCUGCGAUGGCCUGCCCCCUCCACCUCUCAGCAUCUUGGCCUGGGUCAGGCUCCUGCAAGGUGUCCAGAGGCGCUUUCCUGUCACCCCAUUUCGCUGGCAUCUGUCCCUAGGGUCGGGUGCCCAGCGACACUCUAGCCAAGUAGACAGCUCCCUUCGGAAUCUCCCUCCCGCCGGCUGCCCCAAACCUUCAUUCCAGGAAUGGGGCGGAAGGAAGACCCUCACCUGGGGAAGACCCUCCAGUAAAGCUCCCUUCCUUCGCAGAGUGACCCUCUAGGACCACCUGCCUCCCCUGGUUCCCUGGGCCAUCUUCCCUGGCCCUGCCUUUGCUCCCAGAGCCUUCCUCUUAGUCUCGACUCCCCGUCUCUGUUUUCUAGGUGUUCUCUUCCAUCCUCUCUUCUGACUUUCUCCUCCGUGUCACCCCUUCCCUCGCCCCACUCCGCAAAAGGGGGUGUGUCGUGCUGCUUUCUAUUUGUGGCCCCCCCGGGGAGGGGUUUGUGCUAGAAUUUUUUUGGCUUCUGCUGGGUCCAGAGUCACGAGGUGUCAUGUCUGUGAUUCAGUGUCCGUACCUCAGCCCGCUCCCCUCAUUUCCCUGUCGCCUUUGUCUCCUUUCCGCCUCCGUUUCUGUCGCUUUCGCUCUCAUCUUUGGGCGCUUUGUGUAGCUGCCUUCUUUGUCUCCGCCUCUCCAAGUCCCUGCUCCCUUCCCUUCCUCUCCUCCCUUCUCCGGUUCUAAGAAGCCUUCGCCUCAGGGGCGUCAAUAUUUCAGGGUAAUGAAGGUGGAUGCUGGCUGUGGUGCAGCCACUGCAGACGUAGAUAAGUCAGUAAAGGACCGGAGGGGUGCGGAGCCGAGAGCCCAGACCCUGCCACAGGAGACAGGGACCAAGUCUAUGGAGCUCGAGGCUGAGCCUAAGUCCCGAUCAGGGCCUGAGGCGGAGGCCGAGCCAUUGGACUUCGUGGUGGCCACAGAACAGGAGUUUUAGGAAGUGUUUGCCAUCUCCGGGGGAAUCUACAGUGGCCUCGACUACCUCCCCAGUCACUACGACAGCUGGCUCCAGAUUCCUGAACGCACGGUUGUUUUGGCCAAGCGCUUGGGAGGAGUGAUCACUCUGGAGUCAGUGAAAGUGAUCGACGAGACAGCGCUGGUGGUGGGACUGCGCGUGGCCCCCUGGGAACACGGCACGGGCGUGGCCGUGCUGCAGCGUUUCUGCUCACAGCUGGUCAAGCGACAGUACCCCCGGGGUCAAAGUGGCACAGCUCAACAGGACGACCAGCUGGUCCCCCAGGAGCUGAAGAAAUACCGCCUAAUCACCAAACAGGGUAUAGUUUUGGUCCAAUUCAAUGCAUCCGCGCUACUGGCCGAGCUGGGCGCGCGGUUGGCAGAGCUUUGCACCUGCAGCACCUUCUGACCGCUACCCACCCAGGCAGACGGCGACGUGGCACGCCUUUUGCUGUUGCCCUCCGUACAUCGCGAAGUGCUUCCCGGAGCCAUCAUCUAGGACUGGCAGCCCUACUGGCCAAGUGAAAGCAACCUCAGCUUGCUGGCGGCCAAGGGCCUGGAGUGGCGGGACAAUCGCGCGAGCUCGCGCGUGCUCAGGCUGUGCACGCGCCCCAUCCCCAUCCCUCCUGGAGGCAACGGCACUUGGCGCUAGCUCAACAUUGACGCCUUCGCCAGCGACGUUGGGCAGGUGCAGAACCAGCUCCUGUGGGACCUGCAACGUGAGGUCCCGCGCCUCCAAGUUCUCAACGUCAUGUACCAGCUCUUCCUGGAGCUCCAGCUGCGGUCAUAGCUGGCUGACUUCUGUCAGGUUGGCCUGGGACUUGAGCUACUCAAGGGUUACACUGCACAGUACCUGCUGGAGGCCCGACAUCUGAGCCUCUCAUGGGGGGAGGAACGGACUUCAGACCUGCCCCCUGGCUCUGAUCCUCUACUUAGCCAGCCUCGCCCCUACCCUUUCGAAGCUCCAUCCCCCGGAAGUUGGCUCUGAUUCCCACUCUUACAGAUGCAGACCCCCCGUCUUGCCUUUUCCCUUUACCUCUCUCUGCCUUGUUGCCUCCAAUGUCCCCAAACGCUCAGAUCUAAAACGCUGGAUUUGGGGGAGCCCGCUGGGCUGCUGUUAUCCACCCUCUCCCCUUCCAAAGAACUGGUCCCUAUACAGGCUUAUGGAUCCUACCCUAUGGUCACCCCAGGCUGGGAGUGAACUCCGCCCUUUCUGGCUUCUCCCUUCUGCCCCCUCGUGGGUGGAAAAGAGCAGAAGUGCCUGCGACGUCCAGAGCGGCCUGACACUCUGUCGCCAGAAGAAUGUUUCUUUCCUUUCUCCUGCCUUUUCUAACGCCCUCGGAGCUGGCCCAGCGCUCCUCUCAAUGCCCCCUCUGCCUCUGGGGCCUGUAGAUCAGUGUCCUUUCCCCGCUUCUCUUUGUUCCCCUAUCUUCCUCCUCCCUGGACUUCCCUGACUCUUAGCUUCUCAGUGCCCAUUUUCCUGCUCCUGCGUCCCUCUUCACCGUGACCUCCUCUUCACCGACUCGGGCUGCAAUGUGGAGAGAGACCCUGUAAAGGAAAUAUAUUUGUAAUGCUCCCACAUUUGGCUCCCUGUUUACCUUGGUGAGGCACUUUCCUGAGCCUGCCCCUCUGACUGGGCUUUCCAACUUUGCUAGUUGUUGCUAUUUCGCAGGGCCCCUCCCCCACACCCCCAAAGCACCAGGGGACUCUCUGGCUGGAGUUUGGUGCAUUGGAGGGCAGGUCCUUCACCUGGCAUGGGGGGUGUCUCCUGGUUCCAACCUGGCUGCCUUCUAGUGCGACUGGAACUCCACCUCCCAGUAUUUCUAACACUGCUCCCUUCUGCAUCAUUUACGCUUUUUGGACUUUGAGAGUCUUCUAUUUAAGUAGUAACAGCUGUAUUUGCACAACGUUGUCUCCAAUAUCAGAUCCCCACAUCAAAGACAGGGAGGAAACACAGGCUCAGAAAGAUCAAAGUUACUUCUAAGUCACUCACAGUCUCUGGGAAUCACCCAGGUGGCCCAAGCACAGGGCAGGCCCCAGAACCUCACUCUGUUUAGUGAGGUGUUAGCUUGAACUUCUCCUUAGACCAGGGACAGUUGCUAGGAAAAAUGUUGACAGUGAGCACAGGGUUCCCUGGGGAUGCAAUCCAAGAUGUGGGCAGAGGAGGUCCCAGGAUGUAGAAAGUGGACAAAGGGGACAUCUACUUCUUGACCGCUUCCCCCAGCUGUGGUUUUUCUGCUGUGCUGCUCUGUCUUGGCUGCCUCCGGCACCUGGCCAUGCUGCCACUUUCCUUGCCAUUUCCACGUUCUCUGUAAAGCAAUAAAAUGGACCUUUUGCCUACCCUCUGUGCCUGUUUCACUUCUCAGUGGGGAGGGAUGGCACACAUUAUCUUCCCCCUUUCCCCAGCAGCCUGUAUUAGGGAGGAUCUCUAAGCCCUGUGGCAAUGGGGCUAAUGACUUCCUGGGGGGGGGGUGGAGGGAGGGCUGAUGGACGUUGUGCGCCCCCACCCCCACCCCUGCGGAGCAAGGGAAGAAGCAGCUGCUCAGAACCGAGGCAGCGGCGCAGAGCCCGA